AUGUUCUGGAAGUUUGACCUGCACACGAGUUCGCACAUCGACACGCUGCUGGAGCGGGAGGACCUGAGCCUGCCCGAGCUGCUGGAUGAGGAGGACGUGCUGCAGGAGUGCAAGGUCGUCAACCGCAAGCUGCUCGACUUCCUGCUGCAGCCGCCCCACCUGCAGGCCAUGGUGGCCUGGGUCACCCAGGAGCCCCCGGCCAGUGGCGAGGAGCGUCUGCGCUACAAGUACCCGAGCGUGGCGUGCGAGAUCCUGACGUCGGACGUGCCCCAGAUCAACGAUGCGCUGGGCGCCGACGAGUCCCUCCUGAACCGCCUCUACGGCUUCCUGCAGAGCAGCGGCAGCCUCAACCCGCUGCUGGCCAGCUUCUUCAGCAAGGUCAUGGGCAUCCUCAUCAACCGCAAGACCGACCAGCUCGUGUCCUUCCUGCGCAAGAAGGACGACUUCGUGGAGCUGCUGCUGCGCCACAUCGGCACCUCGGCCGUCAUGGACCUGCUGCUGAGGCUCCUCACCUGCGUGGAGCGGCCGCAGCUGCGGCACGACGUCGUCAACUGGCUCAACGAGGAGAAGAUUGUGCAGAGGCUGAUAGAGCUGAUCCACCCGUCCAAAGACGACAAUCAACAUUCCAAUGCGUCCCAGUCCCUGUGCGACAUCAUCCGCCUGAGCCGGGAGCAGAUGGUGCAGGUGCCGGACAGCCUGGAGCCCGACCCGCUGCUCAGCACCCUCAAGAAGCAGGAGACCAUUGAGCAGCUCCUGAGCAACAUGUUUGAGGGGGAGCAGAGCCAGUCUGUCAUCGUCCACGGGAUCCAGGUGCUGCUGACGCUGCUGGAGCCCAGGAGGCCCAGGUCCGAGUCCACGACCAUGAACAACUUCUUCUGCAGCGUAGAUGGGCAGUUGGAGCUGCUGGCCCAGGGAGCCCUGGAGAGCCCCACGUCCAGUGUCGGUGCCCUGCACGCCCUGCGGCCACGGCUCACCCACUUCCACCAGCUACUGCUCGAGCCGCCCAAGCUGGAGGCGUUGCAGACAACGUGGGGGAGCCUGGCCCCUCCGCUGGGGAGCACACGGCUGCACGUGGUCAAGCUCCUGGCCAGCGCUCUGAGCGCCAACGACGCGGGCCUGACGCAGGAGCUGUUGGCGCUGGACGUGCCCAACACCAUGCUGGACCUCUUUUUCUACUACGUCUUCAACAACUUCCUACACGCCCAGGUGGAGAUGUGUGUGAGCGCCAUGCUGAGUGCGGGGCCCCCUUCUGACAGCGGCUCCGAGGCCCCUGUCCCCAACCCUGUCAUCAAACAUCUGCUGCAGCAGUGCCGCCUGGUGGCACGGAUCCUGUCGUCCUGGGAAGAGAACGACCGCGUACAGUCCAGGGGAGGCCCCCGGAAGGGCUACAUGGGCCACCUGACGCGGGUGGCCAACGCCUUGGUGCAGAAUGCGGAGAAGGGGCCCAAUGCUGAACAGCUGGGGCAGCUGCUGAAGGAGUUACCCGAGGAGCAGAGGGAGCAGUGGGAGGCCUUUGUGGCGGGGCCACUGGCAGAGACCAACCAGAAGAACACGGUGGAUCUGGUGAGCACUCGCCCCCUGCACUCCUCCAGUGACGAUGAGGACGACCGGCUGAAGGAGCUCAGCUUCCCGGAGGAGGCUGUGCUGCAGCAGGCCUUCAUGGACUUCCAGAUGCAGCGCAUGACCUCGGCCUUCAUCGACCACUUUGGUUUCAACGACGAGGAGUUUGGGGAGCAGGAGGAGAGUGUGAAUGCACCCUUUGACAAGACGGCCAACAUCACCUUCUCCCUCAAUGCUGAUGACGAGAAUCCCAACUCCAACCUGCUAGAGAUCUGCUACAAGGACCAUAUCCAGCAGUUUGAUGACGAAGAGGAGGCCGGGGAUGAGGAGGGCCCGGGCUCUGGGGAGUCAGAUGGCGAGGACGGUGCCUGGCGGGGUGGUCAGCUGUCCAGAGGGGCCCGCCUCGGCCAACGCCAGAGCAGCCGGAGCGGAGGCAGCACAGACAGUGAGGAGGAAGAUGAGGAGGAUGAAGACGAGGACGAUGAGGAGGAGGACGGUGACGGCCACAUGGCCAGGGGCGGGGCCGGCUCCCCCUCCUGCCUGAGCGCCGGCCUCCAGCCUCUCCCACUUGCUCCCUCGCCAGGCCCUGGCUGGACGGCCACCUUCGACCCAGUGCCUACUGAAGCCCCGUCAGGCCCCUGUGUCUCCAGGGACAAGGAGCCCAGCCCCGGUGCCCCGGCGCCCCAGGGGCCUCGCGAUGGCCCCCAGGGCCCACCUGCCCCAAGCCUGGCUGCCCUUGCAGCCGGUGAAGCCCUGCAGGUUAGGUCUCAGGACCCUGCAGCCCCUUCAGCACCUCAGGAAGCCUCUGCCGGCGGUGGCAUGGUGGCGCCUGCGGCCCCCUGCCAGGCCUUGGUCAGUGUCGGGGACCUCCAGGCCACCCUCAGCAGAAUGUGCAGUGCCCCCAGCUCCUCAGACAGUGCAAGCAGAGACCCCUCUACCUCUGUCCCAGCCUCUGGGGCCCAGCAACUCCCUGAGACCACCGAGGGGGAGAAGAAUCCAUCGCCCUUGGGGCUGCCCCAAAGCCAGAGUGCCCAGGCCCUCCAGCCGCUGCCUCCAAUGCUCGGUGGCUCUGCGCUGGGUGGGCCCAUGGCCCUGGGCUUCCAGUGGCUGCCAGGAGCGGUGGGCAGUGGUGGGCAGUGCGGCUCCCGGGGCUCACCUGGCAUCUCCCUCUCUUCCAGGUGA